AUGGAGCAUCUCUCCUAUGAAGACAGACUGAGAGAGCUGGGGUUGUUCAGCCUAGGGAAGAGAAGGCUUCAGGAAGACAUCAUUGCAGCCUGUCAGUACUUGAAAACGGCCUACAAGAAAGAUGGGGACAAACCUUUUAGCAGGACUUGUGAUAGGACAAGGGAACCUGCCAAAAAUCCCUUGGAGAUCACAGAGUGCUGCAAAAUCUUCCCGUUCAAUAGCACUUUCCCACCCUCCCUGUACGGGAGGAUAAACAAGCACUGCUCGGCACAGGCUGGGGGAGCGGUGAGGCCUCGAGGGUCUCCUGCCGGCGGGGCGGGGGGCAGAGCGGGGGGGGCAGUGUCCCUCACCGGCAGUCGCCGCAGUCCCCGCAGUCCCCACAAGCCCGCAGCAGCAGCCUGCGGCUUCCGCGUACCCCGCGGCUCCGCAGCCCCUGGAAUCCCGCAAUCCCCCCGCCCCGCAGCCCGAGGCCCCGCGGUGCUCUCCCCACUCCCCAUUAGAGGGCGCUCCGCCGCCGCCUUUGUGCGGGGCGGUGGCUCCAGGGCGUCCCGGGCAGCCGCCGAUCCCAGCUCUUGCUGCCGUGCGGACGCCCUGGCCGCAGCAGCAGUGCCACCCGCGGCCUGUGCCGCUUCGCUUAACGAGGUCAGCGAAGUUCUCUGUUACGACUUGUUAGCUAUUGUCAGAUGCCCAACUGUACAAGGAUGUGAGGUUCUAACUAAUUCAGAUGGCAGUACUGGAAUUGUUGCGGAGAAACAAGAAGAGACUUUCUGCAGGAAAGAACAAACAUUGCCUCAGUGGAAGAAAAAGGGAACAGAAGCAAACUGAAAAUGUUUGUACUUUCUAAAGGAAGAAAAAGUCAAGAUGUUGUCUUUCAAGGAUGACUGUUCUUCGGGUACAUUGGUUGGGAUGCAAUCAGUUGAAAGUCCUCUGCACAUCCCAUCUGAAUCUGCUGAGAAGUCUGGCCACUCAAAACCUGCAUUUUCCAAAGAAUUUGCUGAAAGAUGAAACAAAAAAUGGAAAAAGGUCCAUCUCUAGUGACAAAAGCAUUUGUUUGCAAGAACUUCUCACAAAUGGCACAAGAAUUCCCUGUUAAUGUCUUUGGGUCAGAUCCUUACAUGAUACACCUUAGAUUUUAUCUCUAUAUAACUCAGUCUUUCUCUUUUAUUGAUGUUUCAGAGAUUCUCUUUGAAGUGCCUCCAUUUGCACAAAAAAUGGACUGAGGCUAUAGCCAUGCCAAAAUGUAUCAACAGGAUAUAGACUUGGAUCUUGAGCUGGUGGAAGUCAGUGUAUCUCCAUGAUUUAAAUGGUUUAUACAGGCAUUAGCUGGCAUGAAACACGUAUGAAUUUCAGUAAGGACAAAGGAAGAGCUCAGCAUUCCUGCACAAGGACUUCCAGACAGAGAUUUCUCAUUCUCACCUGUUUCUUUUUCAAAACAGUCCUCAAAAUCCAUUUGGUGACAUUCAGCAGGUCCUGGAUGACAAGCAUUCUAUCAGAAAAGCCUCAGCAAGCCUGAAAUUUACUGAGUAGGUAAGGAGGGCUGUGAGGAAGAGCCCUUGCCAGGGCAUAAAGAUGGGAAGCAUAAGCGGGGAAAACUGUUCUUUCCUCACAUGCUGACUUUUGACUAUGGAUUUCAUACUCAAAGGCCUUUUGAGCAGAAGUGCAACAUAAAUGAAAAAAUCCCAAACUACUGGUAGAAAUUUUAUGUGCCCCUUAGUUGUUCUUCAGAAGGAUCUCUGUACAAUGAGCAUGGAUCAGACCUUACUAAGGGAGAUAUAUGCCUUAUGUGAUAAGGCAGGCAUUACCAUGGACCUGCAGGACUAGGCCCUGUCCUCCCCCCCUCCUCCCCUCCACACUCACAGUAAGUUGGUUCUGACCCAUAUCAGUAAUUCAGUGAGAUUUGGAUCCAGUGUCUCACAACUGUGUUUCAGCUUAAUACUUUUCAGACAGAGCAAAGAAGUAAAUAGACACCACAGCCCCAGUUGUAUCAUGCACAACUCUAAAAUAAGCAGAUCUUUCUUUGAUAAAUCACUUGAAUUAUUUGAAUUUUGGCCAUGAAACUGAGUCUUUGUGGAAAAAAUUACUUUUUCUUUGCAGUGUGGAGACAGAAUUUCCUAGAACAUGGGCAGGGCAAGAGCUAAAAUCCCUGAUGAGUGUUAUUAAGGACAUUGUUAUGAAAUAUAAUUCUUUGUAGUUCUUUGGAGGAAGGAUUUUCAUGCCACAGAGAUUGUACUAUUUAAACAGCUAUUUUAAUAAAAGCACAUCCAAAUGUA